CAGUGUAGCGGUGCCUGUCAGCCUGCCUGCCUCUGCCUCUGCUUCCACGCUAUAGCUGCUGCUUCUCCUCCCGCUACAGAACAACGGAGCCCAGCCGAGAGGUGAGGAGCUGGACAGAGAGAGGGAGAUAGAGAAAGAAAAAGAGGGAUGAGUGCUUUCUCCUCGAGACUCAGGAUCAUGUUCCUCUGCAGCUAUCCUCAGAAACCCUGAGUGGAGGGGUUUUUCUCUUUCCCUUUCCCCCUCUCUCAGUCAGACUGCCUAGCAACAUGAGGGACUAGACGCAACACUACCACCACAGCUCGGCACAGUGAAGGCUUCUAUUUUAUUUUCGGACACAUUGCAUAAGGAAAGUGGGGACAGGAGGAGAGAGAGAGAGAGACCGUUGGAGAGAUAGGAAAUGAGAGACGGGGGGGGGGGGGGCUGUAGUGCUGAGACAAGGGUUGAAAAGAGGGGAGAAAGAAACCUGAAGUCUUGGUGAGGCAGAGGAGGAGAGGAGAAGACACAGGCUGUGGAACGCACUGUGACAGAUGGACGGGUGUGACGCCAACAAUAAUACAUCCAGACCCGGGCGAGGGGGAUGUGUGUUGCGUGAUUAGGCAGACAGGGUGGAAGUGGACAUAACCCCAGAUUUCGGAGGAGUGGAGCAGUGAUGGCGUGCCGAUUGUGUCGACAGACGGCACCAGUGAUCACACAGUCCGUUUGCCAGCCACAGGAGGAGAUAAGAGAGGUGAUCCACUGAGGAGGCGACUCCAGUCUCUGAUCUGAAGGAGCCCGUACCUGGAGCAUGAUCCUUGGUGUGUCUGCAGAGCCAGUGAAGAGCCUGGGACCUGCCUCUAUGGCCACUGAGUCAGCACCCUCCUAGCUCUGCCAGGGGACCCAAGAAUCCCCCUGCGGGACGCAAGAAUCCCCCUGCUAGCUCCGCAAGGGGGCUCACAUAUCACCCUACUAGCUCUGCCAGAGGGCUCAACCAUCCCACUCCUAGCUCUGUGUGGGGCCUCAAGCAACCCCUUUCUAGCUCUGCCAGGGAGCCUUGUACAUCCCCUACUAGGUCCGCCAGGGGGCUCACUCCCACCCGUCUGCCAGCUCAGAUAACCCUCUUGCUGUUGGCAAACACAUGUUUGACGUGAUCGAAUGUGACCGCCGCCGCACCAUCCAGAGCAGCAGCAGCCCUCUGAUCCCCCUGCCAGCUGAUCCACCAUGCAGUGGAGACGGCGACACUGCUGCCCCAUCAAGAUGACCUGGACCAUGAAGCGCUCGCUCUUCCGGACCCAUGUGGCAGGUCUCCUGUCCCUGGCCCUCCUCUUCACCCUCUUCCUCUUCUUCAGCCACCAGGACUGGCUGCCGGGCCGGACCGGGCCCCGUGACAACCCCCUGGCCUACACCGUUAGGGGCUUCCGCACGGCCAAGGCCGAGGCAAACCAGAGCCUGAGUCUGAAGAGCCUGUGGAGGGAGACAGGUUUUGUGCCUCCCAAGCCCCAGCUUAACCUCAGCUCCCAGCAGGCUGAGGGUGGCGGUGGUGGGGGAGCCAUGGUGGGCGUAACGGGUCUGGAGAACUCGAUGAGCGCCAACAACAGUUUACAGCAGGAGAUGGGCGUGGGAGGGAGGCUCAAUGCCCAGCCCUACCGCUACAUCCUCAACGAGCCCUUCAAGUGCCGGGACAGCACCCCGUUCUUGGUGCUGCUGAUCGCUGCAGAGCCAGGCCAGGCAGACGCCAGGAACGCCAUUCGGCAGACAUGGAGCAACGAGAGCGUGGCCAUGGGCCUAGGUUUCGUCCGACUCUUCAUGCUGGGUCUAGGGCGGAGCUCGGACAGGUACACCCAGACCGCCAUCGAGGAGGAGAGCCGGGUCUACCAUGACAUCAUCCAGCAGGACUAUCAGGACACAUACUACAACCUCACCAUCAAAACCCUGAUGGGCAUGAACUGGGUGGCCUGCCACUGCCCGCAGGCACACUACGUCAUGAAGACAGACAGUGACAUGUUUGUCAACACAGAGUAUCUCAUCCAGAAGUUGCUGAAGCCCGAGCUCCCGCCCAGACAGAGCUACUUCACUGGCUAUCUAAUGAGGGGCUACGCGCCCAACCGCAACAAGGACAGCAAGUGGUACAUGCCUCCAGAGCUGUACCCUAGUGAGAGGUACCCCAUCUUCUGCUCGGGAACCGGGUAUGUGUUCUCUGGGGACAUGGCGGAGAGGAUCUAUCAGGCGUCUCUGAGCAUACGGAGGCUGCACCUGGAGGACGUUUACGUGGGCAUCUGCCUGGCCAAGCUCCGCAUCGACCCCACGCCGCCGCCCAACGAGUUCCUCUUCAACCACUGGAGGGUGUCCUACUCCAGCUGUAAGUACAGCCACCUCAUCACCUCCCACCAGUUCCAGCCCAACGAACUGGUCAAGUACUGGAACCACCUGCAGACCAACAAGCACAACGCGUGCAUCAACAUGGCCAAGGAAAGGAACGGGAGGUAUAGACACAGGAAGUAUCAUGCAGAGACACCUCAGUGAUGCUAACUCUACUUACUGUUGGAAGUCUGGACAGGAAGACAAAAUGGAAAGGAAGCAGACUAGAGGAAGGGCUGGAUCUAGAAAGGGCAUGUUAAGAGAGCUCAGCACUAUACACUGUCUGGGAAAGAGCACAGUGUUUUUGGUAUUGUGUACAGUCGAUUAAAACUAUUUUUUUAAUUUGAGAGAGAUGUUAUUUAUUGUAAACCUGUUAAACUCUUUUUAAAAGGGCAGUGAUGUUCCAUGUUUACGUGCAAUAUGAAGCAUGCACACAAAAAAAAUCUAAAAAACAAAGUGGGGAUUCUGCCACUUUCAGGUGCAAAUACAAUGAUCAGAAGAGACAUGGCCAGUGGUUGAUGAGGUUUUGUUACACAACAGGUAGGUCACUAACUGUGGGGACAAUUCUAUCAAAGAACUAUAAACAAUUAAUAAUAUAAAGACUAUUUACAUGGGAUGGGAAAAGCGAAAGAGAAAAAUGUAUCACUACCUACAAAAAAUUAUGAAUAUAUUUAUGAUGUGGACCAGUAAUGCUGCCCUUAUUCUCAAUGUUUACUUUACAGAAUUAUCAUAAAAUAUGAAUUAAAAGGGUUUAACUGUCAGUAUAUUUUAUUUACAACCAAGUUGAAAGCACUCAGAAUCACAGCUGAGAUUGUAUUUUCUAAAGCUUUACAUUGAUUAUGACGAGUCUGCACAUGAGCAGAUGUGCAAUGAAAUGAAUAACAAUUAAAUGUAUUGAAUUUU